AUGCAGACCGACGACGAUCCGAUCGCCGUGGUCGGCUUCUCGUUGAGAUUCCCUCAGGAUGCUGACACCACCGAGUCCUUCUGGGACAUGCUCAGCCAGGGCGAAAAUGCCAUGACCGACUUCCCCUCCACCAAGUUCAACAUCGACGCCUUCGAAGGUCGCAAGAAUGCCAUGAACGGCACGAUGCCGCUGCGAGGAGGCCAUUUCCUCAAUGGAGACCUGAGCCUCUUCGAUGCCCCCUUCUUCUCUAUCACCCCGGCGGAGGCUAAAGCUAUGGACCCUCAGCAGCGCAUCAUGCUGGAAACGUCAUAUCGCGCGCUAGAAAAUAGCGGCAUUCCCAUCACCAAGUGUCACGGGAGUAGGACGUCCGUGUAUACCGCCACCUUCACGGAUGACUACAAGAGCGUGCUCAUGGAUGCGCCGGAUAACCUACCCAAAUGCGCCGCGACGGGCCUGUCGGGUUCCAUGCUCGCCAAUCGCAUCAGCUGGUUCUACGACUUCAAGGGUCCGAGCAUGAAUCUGGACUCCGCGUGUUCGAGCAGUUUGAGCGCGCUGCAUAUCGCGUGUGGCGAUUUACAUAAUGGUACUUCGCAAAUGGCCCUGGUCGGUGGCUGCAACCUCGUCUUCCACCCGGACUUCAUGCUCAUCAUGUCCAACAUGGGCUUCCUAUCCAGCGACAGCCGCUGUCAGAGUUUCGACCACAAAGCCAACGGCUACGCCCGCGGCGACGGGUUCGGCGUCGUGGUGCUGAAGAAGCUCUCGGCGGCGGUCAAAGAUGGCGACACGAUUCGUGCCGUGAUCCGCGCCACGGGCCUGAACCAGGACGGCCGCACGUCUGGCGGAAUCACGCAGCCGAGUGGCGCGGCGCAGCAGGCGCUGAUCGAGGAGACGUUUGCGCGCGCGCAGCUGGACAUGCGGUCGGUGCGGUUCUUCGAGGCGCAUGGCACCGGCACGGCACUGGGAGAUCCGACGGAGGCGGGGGCGAUUGGGAGAUCGUUCCGGGAAUUCCGGUCGGAGGAGGAGCCGUUGUAUGUCGGGGCUGUGAAGUCGAAUAUUGGGCAUUUGGAAGGAGGGAGUGGAAUGGCCGGGUUGUUGAAGACGAUCCUUAUGCUAGAGAGGGGUGUGGUUUUGCCGAAUGCGGGAUUAGAGAAGGUUAAUCCGAGGAUUGAUACGAAGGAUUUAAGAAUUCGGUUCCCGACGGUCUCGAUGCCAUGGCCGAAUUCAGGCUUGAGACGUGCUUGCGUCAACUCCUUUGGAUUCGGAGGUUCCAACGCCGUGGUCGUUCUUGACGACGCGCUACAUUACCUGGAGGAGCGUGGGAUGGACGGGCUCCACCGCACGACAGACAUCGAAGACAUUGAGCAGGAACGCCCCUCUAAGAAACCGCGACUGGAAGGCCCAUCACGAUCAACGGACACGGACACUUCUCAACCGCCCCGGCUAUUGGUGUGGUCUGCGGCCGAUGAAACGACGCUCAACACGACGCUGGACUCAUUCACCAAUUUUGUCCGUCCCGGAAAGAGACAAGCAUCUUCGACGUCGCUCAUCUCCGAUAUGGCAUAUACGCUCACUGCCAAACGAACGAAUCACGCCUGGCGCUCGUACGCAGUUGCAGGGAAUAGUGAGGAUCUCGGGUCGCUGGAGAAAUGGACCGCGAAACCGACAAAAGCGACCAGCGAGCCGGGAUCGCUAGCUUUUGUCUUUACGGGUCAGGGCGCACAGUAUCCGACGAUGGGCCAUGGGCUGCUGGCAUUCCCAUUCUUCCAAUCCCGUUUGAUGGAAAUCGAGAAGAUCAUGUGUGAUCUAGGAUAUAGCUGCUCUUUGCGAGAAUUCCUCUCGAAUCCCUCGUCGCCUGUGAAUCAACCGGAACACAGUCAGACGGUGACGACUGCAAUUCAGAUUGCGAUCGUCGACUUCCUGAAGUCUGUGGACGUUGUCCCGGCGGCGGUUGUGGGCCACUCAUCUGGAGAGGUUGCGGCAGCGUACUGUGCAGGUGUCAUCAGCGACGUAACAGCACUAACGAUUGCCUUCCACCGAGGUCGUCUCGCGCAGAAACUCCCCAAACUUCACUCCGCGUCACAGGGCAUGCUUGCGGUGGCGAUGAGCGAGACAGACAUCAAACCCUUCAUCGAUAGACUGAGCGAGCAUAUCGAAACACCUCGAGUCCAGAUCGGCUGCCACAACAGUCCCCAGAGUCUCACGCUAACCGGAGAUGCCGACCAACUCUCGCUCAUCAAAGGAUGGCUCGAAGAGGGCAAGCAUUUUUGUCGAAAGCUUCGAGUCAACGUCGCAUAUCAUUCCGUUUUCAUGGAAGCCGUCAAAGAGGAAUACCGACUCGCACUGAGCCAUAUCGACAAGGACCCCGUGCAACGCGAUCUAAUCCCCAUGAUCUCCAGCGUGACAGGCACUAUCGCCCGGCCGCGCAUGCUGUGUGAUCCUGACUACUGGGUGCAGAAUCUCGUCUCCCAAGUCCGCUUCUCGCCCGCAGUGUCUCUUCUGGCCGUUCAAUCGGGCAAACCGCCGCGAAAGCAACUCACUUCGAAGAAACCGCAGACGCUGUCGGGCAUCAAUAUGCUCGUUGAGAUCGGCCCCCACUCCACCCUGCAGGGCCCGUUGAAGGAGAUUCUCACCAAGGCGCGCGCUCAGGAUCGUAUCAAUUAUACAGCGACCUUGUCCCGGCAGAAAGACGCCUCCAGGGCGAUACUGGAAGCCUUAGGACGCCUCUGGGGCUUCGGACAUCCGGUCAAUCUACUCAAGGCCAAUUGUAUUGACAGCGCAGUACCGAGGCCUGUGCGGACAGAUCUCCCGGAAUAUCCGUUCAACCACUCUAGGAGUUACUGGUUUGAAGAUCGACUGAGUUCUGCGUUCCGAUUCCGAAAGCAUGCUCCCCACGAGCUGCUGGGUACAUUGACGCUCGAUUCGAAUACGCAGGAUGCGCGCUGGCGUAACAUCAUUGAUCUCGAGAAACUUCCGUGGUUGGAGGAUCAUCAGAUCAGCGGUGACAUUCUCCUCCCUGGUGCAGCGAUGCUCUCCAUGGCGAUCGAAGCCGUCCGGCAAUUUUCAAGCGGUAGCGACAUCACUAUCACAGGCUUCGACAUCCGCGACAUCCACUUCCUCAACGCCCUCCAAGUCCCACCCACUAGUCCAGGACUCGAAACCCAAGUAUCCCUGACCAAGCAAGAAACCAGCAGGCCCGAUGUCCAACCCUGGUACAAAUUCCGCAUCCUCACCUACACGUCCGAAUGGCUGGAACACUGCAAUGGCUCCAUCCGAGCGCAAGUAGCACCACAGGAAAUCAACCCAGCCCGAUACAACGCCGAGCUCCUAUCCAUCAUCAACAGCUGCACCGAAGACGCCCAGAUCACCCGCGUCUACAACUCCAUUCGCGACAACGGCGUCAACUACGGUCCCAUCUUCCAGACCCUGAGCGACGUGCAGAUCGACAAGAAUGGCGCCGCCGUGGCGCACGUUCGCCCGUUCUCCAAUGACGCACGGGUUAUCGAGUCAGCGAACGUCGAUCUCAAACCGUAUGUGAUGCAUCCAUCGGUUCUGGAUGGAUUAUUCCAACUGGUCUUCCCGGCUCUGAAUGAAGGAGGCGCGCGCGAUAUCCCAGCUAUGGUGCCCUCGUAUGUCCGGAAGCUGUUCAUCUCCGCGGACGCCUCCUCGUCUGGACAAAGUGCGCCACUGCAAGCGAGUACUCGAUCCGCACUUCACGGUUUCCGCGGGACCGUAUCAAACGUCGUCGCGAUGUCGGAAGCCGGCGAUAAAGUGCUGUCGUAUAUGGAGGGGUAUCGGACGACGUUCGUCUCGCAGACUGAGAGCCUUGAGUCGUCCGACGACAAGGACAGACAUCUGCUGAGCUAUUUGAAAUGGCAGCCCGAUGUCACGCUGAUGGAUAACGAGCAACUUGCGCAGUUCUGCGCACAAGCAACGCCAAAGCCGGAGACUGUUCUUUCCGGGUUUGAUAGCCGUCUCGCGCUCCUCAUGCGGUCUUACGUGCACGAAAUUCAAGAGGCCCUUCACCCGUCCUGGCCGGAUGGUAUUCCCAAGCAACUUGCUGGAUACAUCGCAGAAGACACUAAUGGGAAGGACGGCGAGAACGCAAUCAUGCGCCCGAAGACGAACGGCAUCCACGAUCCCAGCACCCGCGUAGCCCUGGAAGAGGAAAUCAGAGCCGCCAACAAGACCGGAGAGUUCUACGUUUCGCGAGGACAGCAGCUUUUGACCUUCCUUCAGCAAGGCCCGACGUUCUCGCCCCCCGAGAUCCAGGAGUCCCAGGAUGACAUCAUUCAGGGGUAUCUGAACGAACGACUGGCAAGCGAGCAUCUCGGAAAGCCAUUGGAGGCGUACUUGUCUGCUCUAGCGCACAAGAACCCGCUCAUGAAGAUCCUGGACAUCGGCGGCGGCUGGCAGGAUACUGCCCCCUGCGCAGAGAUUCUCUCCAAAUCUGGCCAGGCCCUGUGGGCUCAGUAUGACUACACGGAACGAGGCCCAGAAGAUCUGAAGAGGGCGGAGGAACGGCUCUCGAGCUUGUCUGACAGUGUCCAAUUCCAGACCCUCGAUAUCGAGAACGAUCCUGUCGAUCAGGGAUUUGGCGAGGGCUCUUAUGAUAUCGUCGUUGCGACUUCAGUUCUGCACUCGUCGCCCCAUCUCAGUAACGCACUCAAAAAUAUCCGAAGACUUCUCAAACCAGGCGGUCAUCUCAUCCUCUUCGGCGUCAUCGCAUCCCCUCAAUUGAGAACCGUUCUCGCAACGACCCUGCUCUCAACAUGGGGCCGAGCCCCUAAUUCCGGUCGUCCCCGGGGCGGGUCCUACACCAAGGAGAGUCUACAUCGACACUUGACAGAAAGCGCCUACAACGGUCUCGACUUCAUUAUCCCCGGCUCUUCUGAAUACUCCGAUACGAGCUUCGUCAUUGCGUCGGCGAACGACCCAGCACCGCGUCCUAAAGAAGAGCUUCCUUCGCGACUAGCCAUUCUCACAGACGGAACCACCUCCUCGCAACAGGCCUUCGCUGCGCAAUUGAAGACUCACAUUGAGACGACAGCGAAAGAAGUGCAAGUCGACGUCUAUCCGUUUUCCGAGUUCGUGACCACUGCCGCCGCGCACGACCGGUUCUGCAUCUCGCUUCUCGAAUACGAGCAACCGUUCUUCCAGGAUAUUGGGUCCGAGGAUUUUGAUCGGUUGAAGACCGCGCUGUCAAUCACGGACGCGAUUCUUUGGGUGACCAGGGACGGAAAACAAUCUGAUAGUCCGCAGUUUCAUCUCGUGGAUGGGUUCUCGCGCUCGUUGCGCUCGGAGAACGGCACGCUGAAGUUCGUGCGACUAGCCCUAGACGGCGGGCUGGGCAAGAAACUCGAUGAUGGACUGGGGUCGGUGAUGACGAUUCUUCGGCAGGCGAAUAGCUCGGCGCUGGAUGAGAUGGAGUUUGAGUAUGAGGAGAGAGACGGGUUCCUGCAAAUCCCUCGUGUGGUGCAGGCGCCGGACAUGAAUAAGAUCCACGAGGCGAAGAUCACGCCGUUCCAGGAACAGGAGGUCCAGGUGGGUGAUAUGCCUCUAACGGCGGUGAUGAAGACGCCAGGGAUUAUCAACAGCAUUGGGUAUGAAGAAACUCAGGAUUCCGAUGCCGAUGGAUCUUUGGAGUGGGAUGAGAUUCUGAUCGAGGUCCAAGCUGUUGGCGUCACCGCUGAAGACUACAAUAUCGCCUUGGGUCAGAAUACCGAGGAGGCUAUCUUCUCGGAGUGCGCUGGAAUCGUCAGGCAGGUUGGGUCGGACAGCGGGUUCACCGUCGGGGACAAUGUCUUUGCCAGAGUCCCCGGUGCUUGUACUACGGGGCUGAAAUGCAAGGCAUCCUGUGCUGCGCGUCUGCCGGCGGGAUCCGUGUCGUUCCUUGAGGCUGCAGCCCUUCCCACGGCCGGUGUGACCGCAUUGCAUGCGUUGACCGGCGUGACUAAUCUUUCCGGCGGCGAGACCGUCCUCGUGCAUCACGCCGCCAGCGCUGUCGGACAAAUCGCGGUGCAGAUCGCCCAGCACCUCGGAGUAAGGAUCAUUGCCACGGUCGACACGGAGGAAGAAUCCACGCUAUUGCGAGAAACCUACCAGAUCAACGCCGACUGUGUACUGUCUAGACAUGACCCCGAGCUCCCCCAGCAGAUUGCAGCUCUGACUUCGCGCGGCGUUGACGUUGCACUCAACUUCGAGCAAGGUGAUGACCUCGAUCACUGUAUUGAGGCCCUCGCGCCUUUUGGUCGACUCGUCAAUGUCGGACUGGCGCGCAAUAUGCCAUCCGACCAUUUGGUGGAAGAGAUGGCCACGAAAUGCAUCACCAAUUCAAUAUUCACUGUUUCGAGUUUGCAGCACCUUCGACCGUCGUUGGUCCAGAAACACCUCGAGACCCUUGCGUCAUUAAUCUCUAGUGGAACCAUCAAAGCCGUAGCUCCCUUGUUGGCUUUCCCUGCAGCUCAGCUCGGCCAGGCCCUGCAACACUUCCAGAAGGGACAUAACAUGGGCAAGGUCGUCGUUGAUCUGCGUCCGAAGCAGUCUGUGAUUGCUCGUGUCCGCAACCGCCCAUCCUACACCUUCGACACCAACGCAACCUACGUGAUCGCAGGAGGCUUCGGCGGCCUUGGCCGCAACGUCUGCCGCUGGAUGGUCAGCAGAGGCGCGAGGAACCUGAUGAUUCUUUCGCGCUCCGGCGUUCGGACUCAGUCGUCUAAGCAACUCAUUGCGGAGCUGACGGCCUCGGGCGCCUCUAUCCAAGCCCCAGCCUGCGACAUCACGCAAGCCGAAGAUCUCCAGCGAGUUCUGGCGGAGUACGGUGCAAACAUGCCGCCUAUUCGGGGCUGUAUUCAAUGCACCAUGGUGUUACGGGACGCCAUCUUCACCAACAUGACCCACUCGGACUUCAUCACCGGCACGCACCCGAAAACCCACGGCUCCUGGAACCUCCACUCCCAGCUCCCCUCAGGCAUGGACUUCUUCGUUCUCUUCUCUUCCGUCGGCGGCAUCCUCGGCGCCACCAGCCAAGCGAACUACUGCGCCGGCAACACGUACAAAGACGCCCUGGCGCGCUACCGCACGCGACUCGGCGAAAAGGCCAUCUCCAUCGACCUUGGCAUGAUGGUCUCCGAAGGCGUAGUCGCCGAGACAGACGGCAUGCUGGACUCGCUGCGCCGACUCGGCUACUUCAAGGACGUCAACCCGACAGACCUCCUCGCUCUUCUGGAUCACUACUGCGACCCGAUUCGACCGGUACCAUCCUCGGAGUCACAUGAAGCGCAGAUCGUCGUGGGUAUCGAGAACCCAGCCGGCAUGGCACACAAGGGCCUCGAAGUCCCACAUUGGAUGUCACGGCCGUUUUUCAAACACUUCCAACUCAUUCAAGCCGCGGGACAGUCGUCACCAGACGGCAGCGGGAAGAACUCGCAGCAGCAACCUGAUGCGCAGAGCAUCUUACAACAAACUGCCUCGGUCGAGGAAGCCGGCGCACAUAUUGCAGAAUGGCUCGUCAAGAAACUUUCGCAGAUCCUAGGCAUCCCUGUGGCGGAGAUUAGUCUGCAGAAACCCAUCCACGUGAAUGGGAUUAAUUCGUUGGUGGCGGUGGAGUUGCGCAAUUGGUUCGAGAAGCGGAUGGGGGCGGAUAUUGCGGUGUUUGAGAUCUUGGGGAGUAUGGCGAUUACGCAGUUGGGGUUGUAUGCGGCGGAGAAGAGCAGGUUUCGACAGGGGAGUUAG